ACGCAAUAUAUGAGUAACGAUACGAUUUCGGCACUCCCAAACAUCUUACCAGUAAACAUUAAUUGAUGUAUCAAAGUUGUACAAAGAUCUAGAUCCUUUCGAACUCGGCUUACAAAACCGAGUGCGGCAACUUACUCAUGCACAGUCGAACGCGAGGUGUGCAGUUGUUACCUUUCAAUUACCACUUACUAACUGACCAUAAGCCAGUAACUUCACUACUUAAGUUGGUUAAUCAAAUAUAAUGUUUACGAAGUUAUUGUUAGGGCUAAUUUUGUGUUGGGGUGUGUCGAGUUUCCCUGACGGGGCUCCGAUCGACACUUGUGUAAAGAACCGUGCUAAUCAGCCUAAUCACGGACAACAUAGGACUCAACCCUUGUCCAGUCUACCGUACAGGGUGCUCGCAUCGGCGCUGGUUUACGGCCCAAAUACUCCGGUCACAGUGACAAUAGAAGGAUCAGAACCAUUCAAAGGAUUCUUCAUUCAAGCGCGUUCAGUGGAGCACGAUAACUGGAUAGGGGCGUGGGAACCGGCUCCGAACACGACCAUACAUCCAGAAUGUUCGUCCAUCACACACGGUGACCCUGAGUUCAAGACGAGGGCUACUUUGCUAUGGAGAGCACCCCCUGAUGCACAUGGAAGGGUGUAUUUCACCGGAACUGUACUGAAGAACUACGGUACUUUCUGGUCCGACCUCAUCGCUGAAGCACCACAAGACCCAUCACAACUCCAGAUACUUGGGUGAAAGGAAUGUCAACUCUAUGCUUUUGGUGACAAUGUCGAAAUUGCUUUCAAAAGUGGUUGCUUUAAACGUUGUAUUUACUGAAUACUGAAACGCUAUUCUAUUUUAAAUUGCACUUAAACAUCGUUCUAUCUCUGCCAUUUUAUAAAGAAUUUGUAGGGCCAGAACUAUUCUUGACAGCGUUUUAUAAUUGAAUAGCGUUUGAGUAUAUGACAAUUAGGUUUACUAAAAUGUAAAUAAAACUAAACAUAAAUAAAUAGAUAAGUAUAUUAGAAUUGUA